AUGGAUGAUGAUGCGACAAUUGAAGAUGAAGCUGAAUCAGAAACACCUGGUUUUCAUCAAACAGUUGAUAAUCGAUCUUUUAAAUUGUCAACAAUUAUUGCCAUGUUGACUAAACAAUGGAUGAUAUUUCUAAUAUUAUCAAUUUUAAUUGGCGUUUAUUUAUGGUUAAAUUUGUCUCGUCGACGUCGACAUCGUGAUUCAACAAGCGGAUUAUCAGCACGAGACCGAGAUAGUAUAAGUGGUGAUCAUAUACAAGGUGGCACCAGACAUGAUAACAUCCAAGCAACAAUUAGUCGUUAUGACAGUAUGGCACAAGUUCGUCAACGUCAACAACAACAACAUGAUGAACAAGCAAAAGCAUAUGCUGAAAAAUUAAAAUUAGUAAGCUUUAUUUGUGUUUUUGAAAAAGCGCCAUAUACACAACCAGCACCGGCUCCAGCCACCUUACCUAGAGCGUCUCAACCAAAUGUUUAUCGCCAGGAUACACAUAAUCCAUUGGGAGGAAGUGGUGGUGGUGGAUGGAGACGAUCAUCAAGAAGAAUGGGACCGGGUGGUGGAUGA